AUGGACUUGGGCGAGAAGGGCGCCAACCGCGCCAAGUGGGCGGACCGACAGCGGCACAGGUCGGGAAGGGGCAAGCAGAAGGCCCAGGGGGGCCCCGGAAGGGGCGGCAGGGCCCAGCAGCAGGGCAAGGCAUUGGAAACCAAUGCGGACAGGUACGAGGAGGACGCGGACGAUUUGGGAAGGGGCGGCGACGCGGGGCGGGCCGGAUCCAGUCGAUCGGGCGGCGCCGAUUUGGCGGAGCUGCUGAAUGCGGUGGACGCGAACGUGUGGAGCGCGUACGGGCGGUACAGGGCGGUGGUGGAGGAUGUCGGCAGGGCGCCGCCGCUGGCGACGGACGGAACGGACCCAGAGGAGCUGUCCAUCAACCUCGACGCCCUUGCAGCCAGCCUGUCAGCCUUGCCUUUGAGCGAAGUCCUGCGAAUCUCCCCCAGGCUGUUGGCAGGGAUGCAAUCGUCCGAUCCUGCCGAUGAAGCCAUCAGCAGCACAUCCACUGCAUCAGUGCUGCCUCAUAAAGGCAACACCCAGCACUCCGUUCCAGGCCACGCACCCCAGCCUGCCCAAGCACAGGGCACACUGCCGAGCUUUGCUCAGGAGGAACCCACCCAAAGUGUUGUUGCUUGUGAAAGCGAUGCAUCAGAUAAAGUUGUUCGGGAAUUAGGCACUGCUGCAGUGGCGAAUAAUGGCAGGGCCAGCCCCCAACGUGUGGAGCCCAUUGCCAGCACGACUGGAACUCCCAGUGCUGAUAUGGUCCCUGAAGCCCGGACCCGUGAUGCAACUCCACAUCAGAAGCCUGGCGCCAGCGAUGAGGUUGACGACGAGUUAGAUGCAUUGCUGGCAUUCAGCAAAAAGGAGUCCAGCAGGUCAGGGGCUGCAGAAACCUCGGGUGAUGUUCGUUCCACAUCCACAAAAAAGACGCAGCACAAAGGAGCGCACAGAGGCCAAGAGAACCUCGAAGAAUGGCUGGAUUCCUUGUAG